AUGAAGCUUCAUGUCUGGACCGAUCGCCAUCUCCUUCUCGAUGCAGGUGAGACCCAUGUCGUAUGUCGUAUUGAUAUGAUGUACAUUCCCCCCGAAUCAAGCCUGCUUGCCCUCAAUUCAUCUCAGUUCGGGGGCCAUAAGACUUGCCUCUUGGACGGUUUAGAGCCCCCUUCGAGGCGGGUUUCUUUCAUGGCGACCAUUGAGGUCCGUGCGAUAGCCGGUGAUGUAGUGCUGGGGCCCGUGUGCUUCGAGAAACCACCAUGUGUUUCGGAAAUAUUGGGCCGGCUGCAGCAGUCAUUGGAACUGCUGCCUAGCCAAGAAAUCGUUCUCAUGGAAGAUAGUGCGAUUCUCCCUGACACCAGGAAGCUGCAGGGUGGUUCGGCAGCAGAUCCCAUGGUACUAACUAUGGUGACGUCGAAACGGAGCCUGCAGGCGAUUGUUUGGGGUCGCAGUACCCGUGGGCCACAGUGGUCCAAAGUCGAAGAACAGCUGAAAAGAGGCAUUGUGGCAGUGGCUUCCACGUGCGAUGCCUUUGCUGCCUUGACAGAAGAUGGCUCUGUCAUCACCUGGGGCGAAGGCGAGGAAGAUGAUGGAGGUGACUCCGAGGGUGUUCUUGGCCUUGACCAGGGUGUUGUGCAGGUGGUUGGCAACGGACAGGCUUUUGCUGCUGUGAAGACAGGCGGCGAGCUGGUAGCUUGGGGAGGUGCGGACUGCGGUGGGAAACCCAGUCCAGAGAUCACUGCCCAGCUCCGUGAUGGAGUUGUGUCGGUGGCACGGACCCUCCAAGCCUUCGCGGCAGUAAAAGAGAAUGGAGAGGUGGUUACUUGGGGGGAUCCAGCCUUUGGAGGUGACAGCAGCUCUACAGCAGGAAGCUUGAAAGGCGUCAUCUCCGUAGUUGGCACUUGGGGAUUCGGUGGUGGGGCCUUUGCGGCCUUGACUGACACAGGCGGGGUGAUCACUUGGGGAGACCCCGAAGUCAGCGACCUCGGCUCGGCAGCAGAGCUCGUGCAAAGCGGAGUGACGAGCAUUUGCCCCAGCGGCUCGUCCUUUGCUGCCUUGAAGACGACGGGUGAAGUUGUUUGCUGGGGAUGUGAAGGCAAGGGCGGGGACAUGUUCGUGAGCUGGUCAGAUGAAGAGGCCGGGAAAACGAACUACUCUGUCAAGGAGAAGCUCUCCAAGGGUGUGGUUUCCAUCGUUGGCUCUGAUGAUGUCUUCGUGGCUCUCAAAGAAGGCGGCGAGGUCGUUGCCUGGGGGGUGGCGGAGGACGGCGCGCACCUCGACGAAGAGCUUGUGACAGAAUUGGGGAGCGAUGUGCUAUCCAUCUCGGCCAAUGUGGCCGCCUUUGCUGCAUUGAAGGUCGGUGGCCGUGUCGUUGCAUGGGGUGUCUACCAUGGGGAUGCCCGCAGCGUGGUUCAGCUGGAGAGCGGAGUUGCGAGGAUUCCGAGUUUCAUGAUUCCAAACGUGAUGACUUUUGCCGCUUUGAAGGAGGACGGCUCGCUGGUUGUUUGGGGCGACCAUGACUAUUCCUCCUGCGCUUUAAUGGCACCGUAUGAUGAGUUGCAAAGUGACGUAGUUGACGUUGUGGGCAACUCUAGUGGCUAUGUCGCAUUGAAAUAUACACCUGCGCUACAAGGCUUAGAAGCCUAG